AUGAACAAUCGAUGCCUAUUUUGUGGUAAUUGGGCAACAACGGUCUGUUGCUUAAGUUGUCGUGAAAUGAGCCGAUCUGCAAUGUUCGACACUCUUUUAAUACAAUUUAACAACGCAUCUAUUGCUGAUGAUUAUUAUAAUCAAAUCAAGAUUAUUUCUCAGCAAAUUGAGACUCUGGAAUGGAUUUUGCCGCCGAUUCGAUUUACUCCUGUUACGUACUUUGAUCCAACUGUUCAUAAAAUAGAUCAAGAUGCAAAAUUAUAUGUUCAAAAAGCGUCUUUGGACGUUCGAAAUAUGGUUCCGAUUGAAGUCACUGGAAAUGGCAAUUGUCUAUAUAACUCAGUUAUAUGUUUGAGUGGGACUGCAGUUCUCACACCUAGCGAGCUGAGAGGUAAAUACUUGCAAGACUAAUAUUUUUAUGUUUUGUGCGUUUUUUUUUCUAGUGCGGACUUUAAUUGAACUCGUCAAAAACGAAGUU